AAGAAGAGAGUAUUACACAAAAUAUCAAAAUGAGCAUUAUCCUCGCUUCUAUCUGGGAAGAUGAGUUGUGUACAAAAUGCCCAAAGGAUGAUGCUAUUCUUGCUUCCAUUUGGAAGAAAAGAGUAUUGUAUAGACAUUUAAAAAAAUGCUGA